GUUAAACGGAUUUAGAACGGGUACGGGUAUUGUUAAACGGAUUUAGAACGGGUACGGGUAUUGUUAAACGGAUUUAGAACGGGUACGGGUAUUGUUAAACGGAUUUAGAACGGGUACGGGUAUUGUUAAACGGAUUUAGAACGGGUACAGGUAUUGUUAAACGGAUUUAGAACGGGUACGGGUAUUGUUAAACAGAUUUAGAACGGGUACGGGUAUUGUUAAACGGAUUUAGAACGGGUACGGGUAUUGUUAAACGGAUUUAGAACGGGUACGGGUAUUGUUAAACGGAUUUAGAACGGGUACGGGUAUUGUUAAACGGAUUUAGAACGGGUACGGGUAUUGUUAAACGAAUUUAGAACGGUACGGGUAGUAAAAUUAAAAUACUAAACGGAUUUAGGACGGGAUUGGAAAUUUUAUAUAUAAUCGGAUUCGGGUUUGGUUACUCUCAAUUUCUCAAUUUUACGGUCACCCUACCCGUUUACAUCCCUAUCCGGAAGUGGUAGAUUCCUUGCCGUGUAUAUUGUUGAAUUCGAUUCAUACUCAUAUUUAGGAUUGUUAAAUUGUCUCAUACACUGAUUCUUCUUACCCAAACAAUACAUUUAUGUACUGAAAUGUUUAAAUUGAUGAAUUGUGAAAAAAAAUACAGACUAAAAUAUGACAACUGUGACAUUUAAAGAUAGGGAUUUUGAGCCAAAUUGUAUUAAUUUUAUGUACAUAUGAAUCUUAAGUUUUAAAAUAGCUUCUUUGAAUUGCAUGAUUUUUAUGCUUAUAGUCUAUAAAUGAAUGUAUCAAUAUGUUUUAGCGUAGUGCAUUAUUAAAUUCUUUCUUUUGUUUUAUAAGGUUUUUUUUAUUACACAGUUAAAGCUUUUAACCAAUUUAAAAAUAAUAUAUAUCAGAAUUUUUCACAUUUAGAAAACAACUGUCAAAUUGCUUGAUGUAGAAUCACACAAAUUGGUGUAACUGAUUUUUCCUACUGUUGCAGAUUGAAUUGGAUUGAAUGGGCUAAUCUCAAUCAAUAAGUUGUGGAUUUAAUUAAAUUUAGUAACAAAAUUGCUGCUACCAUCUUCUCUUAUUUCCUUUUCUUGUCUUGUAAUUGACUGGUCAUUGAUUUCUUUAUGUUAGUUGCCCAGGAGGCCAGUGAACUUUUUCAUCACCAAUAUAUUCUAAUUGUUAUCAUGGCUUCUUCCUCCAUGACUCGAAAAAGAAAGUGUGACGUGUUGCUUAGCUUUAAAGGAGAGGAGACCCAUGGUAAUUCCAUCAUGACAUCUUCCUCCGUGACUCAAAAACGAAAGUAUGAUGUGUUUCUUAGCUUUAGAGGAGAGGAUACCCGUGAUAAUUUUACUAGCCAUCUCUAUGAUGCUUUAUGUCAUAAAAAAAUCAAGACCUUCAUAGACAAUGACCUUGAAAGAGGAGAAGAAAUAGCACCCGCUCUUUUGAGAACAAUUGAAGAAUCAACUGUUUCUCUAAUCAUUUUCUCCAAAAAUUAUGCAUCUUCUCCGUGGUGCUUGGAUGAAAUGGUGAAAAUACUUGAAUGCAAGGAAAUGUAUGGUCAGACAGUUUUACCAAUUUUUUACCAUGUAAAUCCAUCUGAUGUCAGAGGACAAAGUGGUAGUUUUGCAGAUGCAUUUAUUGAACUUGAGAAGAACUUUAAGGACAAAAUGGAAAGAAUACCACGUUGGAGAGCUGACUUAAUGAAAGCUGCCAAUCUAUCUGGAUUGGUCUCCCGAGUGAUAAGGCCUGAAGCUAAACUUGUGAAAGAAAUUGUGAAAGAUGUUUUGAGGAAAUUGAAUCAUGCAUCCUCGGGAGAUUCAAAAGGUCUUAUUGGAAUAGACUCACACAUUAGACAGAUCGAAAAUUUGUUACGCAUUGGGUUGCGAAAUGUUCUUAUUGUUGGAAUUUGGGGUAUGGCUGGCAUAGGUAAAACAACUAUUGCUAGAGCUAUUUUCAACACUCUCUCAAAUCAAUUUGAAGCAUGCAUUUUUCUUGAGAAUAUAAAGGAAGAAGCAGAACAACUUAAGGGGCUAGGUCAUUUAAGAAACUUAGAAUCUGUUUCCACUAAGGACAGAAUCUGCUGCAAAAGGGUUUUGCUUGUCCUUGAUGAUUUGAAUGAUGUGGAUCAGCUAGAAGUUCUGAUUGAAAAACGUGAUUUUGCUUUUGGAAGUAGAGUUAUUGUGACAUCUAGAGAUAGGCAAGUUCUUAAGAAUGGAGUUGAUGAAAUAUAUGAAGUUGAGGGCUUCAAUGAUGAUGAAGCUCUUCAACUGUUCAGUUUGAAUGCUUUUAAGAAAAGUUAUCCCCCUUCUGAUUGGUUGGAGCUAUCAAAUAAGGUGGUGAACUAUGCUCAGGGAAACCCCUUGGCACUUAAAGUUGUGGGCUCUUUCCUAUUUGAUAGAAGGAGAGAAGAUUGGGAAAGUGCACUGGAUAAACUUGGAAGAAUUCCACAGCCUAAAAUUCUUCAUGUAUUAAGAAUAAGUUUUGAUGCACUAGAUGAUGAAGAGAAAAAUAUAUUUCUUGAUAUUGCAUGUUUUUUUAAGGGACAACAAAAAGAGUUUGUAAAGAGAAUACUAGAUGGCGAUGGUUUCUCAGCAGGCAUUGGAAUUAGUGUUCUUGUUGAUAAAUGCCUUAUUACCAUUCAACGAAACAAGUUGGGGAUGCACAACUUGCUGCAGGAAUUUGCUCAUGAAAUUGUUCGCCAAGAAUCCGUUAAAGAGCUAGGCAAGCGCAGUAGAUUGUGGAAUCCUACAGAUGUUAGUCAAGUGUUGACCAAAAAUUUGGGAUCUGAAAAUGUUGAGGGAAUAUUCUUGGAUACAGCCAAAAUUGGAGAAAUGAACUUGAGUUCCAAAGCCUUCAAGAGGAUGUAUAACCUUAGACUGCUCCAAAUCUAUAAUUCUAGAUUUGCAAAUAACCGUAAAGUGCAUUUGCCUUGUGGCCUUGAGUUUCUUUCUGAUGAGUUGAGGUAUCUUUAUUGGGAUUUAUACCCUCUGAACUCUCUGCCUUCCAAUUUUCAAGGAGAGAAUCUUGUUGAACUUCACUUGCCUAACAGCUGUAUUAAACAACUAUGGACAGGAGUGCAGAAUCUUGUGAGUUUGAAAGAGAUCAACCUUCGCAAUUCUGUGCACUUGACCACGCUUCCAGACCUUUCACAGGCUAAGAAUCUUGAGAGAGUGAAUUUUGAUUAUUGUACGAGCUUGGUAGAGGUUCCCUCUUCUAUUCGGUUUCUAGACAAACUUACGGUUUUGAAUAUGAGACGCUGCACAAGCAUUGUGAGCCUGCCUAGUGGCUUUAAACUGAGAUUACUCGAGACUCUUAAUCUUUCUGGCUGCACAAAUCUUAGGAAGUUUCCAGAGAUUUCAGAGAACAUAAUGUAUUUAAAUUUAAAUGGGACUGCAAUAGAACAGCUUCCUGAAUCAAUUGGGUGUCUCAAUAGACUCGUUGCAUUGAAUAUGAAGGACUGUAAUCGACUGUGGUAUCUUCCAGAGAGCUUGCGUUUGUUGAAGUUCCUCGAGAUUACUGAUUUUUCUGGUUGCAUAUCUAUCACAAAUUUUCCGGAUAUUUCAACUAAUAUUCGAUCCUUGUACUUAAGUGAAACUGCAAUCGAAGAACUCCCUUCAACAAUUGGUUGUCUCUCUAAACUCUCUUGUCUGGACCUGAAGAACUGUAGAAGUCUUAGGAAUAUUCCCUGUACCAUUUCUGAGUUGGCAUCACUUGAAACGCUUAUCGUCUCUGGCUGCUCAAAUAUCACCAAGUUUCCAGAGGUUUCAAAGAGCAUAAAAAAGUUAUUCUUCGAUGGGACAGCAAUAGAAGAAAUUGCAUCAUCAAUUCAGUAUUGCUUUAAUCUUGUUGAGUUGAGCCUACAAAAUUGCAAAAGGUUUCGCACUCUUCCAAAUUGUAUUUGUAAGUUGAAAUCUUUGCAAAAGCUUAAUCUCUCAGGCUGUUCCAUAUUUGAAAAUUUCCCUGAAAUUUUGGAGAUGAUGAGAUCAUUAAGAUACCUUCAUUUAGAUGGAACAGCCAUAAAAAAUUUACCCUCACCAAUCAAAAAUUUGGAGGGUCUUUCCAUCUUGGAAUUGAGAAACUGCAGAGGAAUUCAGGGACUGCCUGCGCUGAUCUCAGUUGUACACAAUUCAGGUUCACAUUUACAGUACCUGCGGAAGCUAUGUCUAACUGGUUGCAGUGUGUUCUACAUGCCUGACUGCAUUGGCCGGUUAUUCUCACUAGAAGCAUUAGAUCUUAGUGAAAACUCUUUUCAUCACUUACCUUUUACCAUCGGAAUGCUCAAGGAGCUGCAAUACCUUGGUUUAAGGAAUUGCAAGCGGCUAUUAUCAAUAGAAGCACUUCCACCCCAGCUGACCAAAUUAGAUGCAUACAAUUGCAUCGCCCUCAAAGAAGUGUCAAUUGACUCGACUAAAGUUGAAGGAAACAUUUUUGAAUUCCUUUUCACUAAUUGCAGAAACUUGGAUGGGCCUUCAAAGCACAGCAUCAUUACAUUUGCGCUAACAAACUUUCAGCUCUUUUCAAAGAGAUUGCACAGUCAGGUGCCUUUUGUGCGAGCAGGGGAAUCUGGUUUUUGCUUCCCUGGAAGUACUAUUCCAAAGUGGUUCAGCCAUCAAAAUGUGGGAUUUUCCAUGACAAUCCAGCUGCCUUCAGAUUGGGCUAAGAGUGAAUUCUUAGGUUUUUCCCUGUGUGCUGUUAUUGAUUUUAACAACCAGAACACGAACGACUUCGGUUUCCAAAUUAAAUGCAGAUACCAUUUCAGAAAUGAUUAUGGUGAUUGCAAUGAUUUCCAUUGCCAUUUUGGUAGUUGGUUUGAUAGGAAUUAUUGGGAAGGAGAUGUUACUGAAGCAGCUCAUACAUUCUUUGGGUAUGAUCCAUUUGUGGAUGUUAGAAAAGAUGAUUGGUUUGGCAAAUACAAUAAGCUUCUUCUGGAAUUCUACCCUGAAGAUAUGAAUGGUGAUCGUAUACUUUGUUCUAAUGUUAUCAGUUGCGGGGUUUGUAUGCUAUAUUCCCAAGAUCAGAGAUCAUGUCAAUGUUCUUUCAUCGAGCAACAUGUUGAAGAAGUACGUUCCAAAACUGGGGUUCAAAUUUGUUCCACGGGAAUUGAUGAAGUUUUUAUGCAAGUGUUUAAAUUCAGUAGGUUUCAAUUGGAGAUGUGUGAAUAUCGUCCCUUUGGCUGUUUUGAUGUGAUUGACCAGAAAGAGCUUGAACUUUUUACCUCGGAGUUCAUUACAGAUCUGCAGGAAAAACAGAAGCUUCAAGGACUUGCUGAUCAAAAUUCUUCAGAUACUGGACUGAUCCAACGCCUGCUUCGAGACUCUAGCACCAGUGAUGUAACGGACAGUAGGAGAGCAGGUCCGACUACGCCUCGGUCCUACCAGCAUACACGCCGAAGGGGAAUUAAAUGGCCGUCUCACAAAUAUUGGCGAGUUGGUACGUCCGUACGUAUGAAUCUACUUAACAGAAAUAGGUAUAGGUGACACUAUUUUUUAUUUAAUUUUUAUUUGAUUUGAUUAAUUUAUUCCUCUAUAUAUUGAUUGUAUAUUUUUAGACUAUUUCAAUUUUUUUUUAUCUCUUCAAUUUAAAAUCCAACUACUGAUUCGUGAU